AUGCUUGCUCCAGUAAACGCCAUCCUUUCACAACUUAGUGAUUUGUCAAACCUCGCCUCCAAACGGGUUUGCGUUGAGACACGCGACACACGCCACCUCACGCGACAUGCAUGCGGCACAUGGUCAGCAUUGUUGGAGGUGGAGGCGUUGUGGGUUCACAUAACCCACCCUCCCACGUCGUCGUCCAGUCUAUUCGAAGCUCAUCAUCAAUUGGUGUUGGAUGUCCGUCGCUUUGGCUGUCGCAUGGCAUUCGAGCACUACUACUGCUUCGUCGACUGCUGUGCAGUGGACAUGAAUGGACGAGUAGUGGAGGAGGAGGAGGAGGAGGAGGAGGGAUAG